AAUGAACACCAGUAGCCCAAGAAUCCUCAUAAAACGCUCUGCAGUGAUAACCAAUUGUGCUCAAAGAGAGAUGGAGGAAAACAUAAAAUGGUCUCAACAGCCUCAACAGAAUAACUUUUCACUGUUUCCUUCCACCAAAGGCUGGAAUUUCAGAGGGAAAAAACGCAAGCAAAAUGCCCAGGAUGAAGAUUCAAUCAGCAUCUGCAGCUUUGACUCGAGUGAACCCAGCAAUAAACGGGUCAGGCCUCUUUCUAGAGUUACUUCACUAGCAAGCUUAAUUCCUCCUGUCCGAGCAACUCCUUUGAAGCGAUUUGGUCAGACGUUGCAGCGUUCCAUCAGUUUCCGCAAUGACAGUCGUCCUGAUCUGCUUGCCUCACGACCCUGGUCUAGAAAUGGUCCUCCUCCUAGCACCAAACGAAGAGACAGUAAACUCUGGAGUGAGACCUUUGAUGUUUGUGUCAAUCAGAUGCUCACGUCCAAAGAAAUCAAGCGCCAAGAGGCAAUCUUUGAACUUGCUCAAGGAGAAGAGGACUUGAUAGAAGACUUGAAACUGGCAAAAAAGGCUUACCAUGAUCCCAUGCUUAAACUCUCCAUAAUGACAGAGCAAGAAUUAAACCAAAUUUUUGGAACCCUGAACUCUUUAAUUCCUCUGCAUGAAGAUCUUCUCAGGCGGCUGAAAGAAGUUAGAAAGCCUGAUGGAUCUACUGACUGUGUUGGUCACAUUCUUGUGGGCUGGUUGCCUUGCUUGAAUUCCUAUGAUAGCUAUUGUAGCAACCAAGUAGCUGCCAAAGCUCUGCUAGAUCAUAAAAAACAGGAUCAUCGGGUACAAGACUUUCUCCAGCGUUGCUUAGAAUCCCCUUUCAGCCGCAAACUGGAUUUAUGGAAUUUCCUUGACAUCCCAAGGAGCCGUCUGGUGAAGUAUCCAUUGCUACUCAGAGAGAUUCUGAGACACACACCAAAUGAUCACCCAGACCAACAGCAUCUUGACGAAGCUAUUAAUAUCAUCCAAGGCAUAGUAGCAGAAAUCAACAAGAAGACAGGUGAAUCAGAAUGCCAAUAUUACAAAGAGAGGCUAAUAUAUCUUGAUGAAGCCCAGAAGGACUCCUUGAUAGAUAAUUCCCGUGUUGUGUGUUGUCAUGGUGAACUAAAGAACAAUAGGGGAGCGAAACUACAUGUCUUUCUCUUUGAAGAAGUGCUGGUAAUCACUCGAACAGUUACACAUAAUGAGCAACUUUGCUACCAACUGUAUCGGCAGCCUAUCCCUGUGAAGGACCUUGUGCUGGAAGACCUGCAAGAUGGAGAAGUACGACUGGGUGGAUCCAUACGUGGGGCGUUUAGCAACAAUGAGAGAAUUAAAAAUUUCUUUAGAAUCAGUUUCAAAAAUGGAUCUCAGAGCCAGUCCCACUCUUUACAAGCAAAUGACACCUUCAACAAACAACAGUGGCUCAACUGCAUUCGUCAGGCCAAAGAAUCAGCCUUGUGUGCGUCAGGCGUAGGUGGAAGACUUGAUUUUGAAGGACAAUUCUUAGCCUCAUCAAACAGAAACAGAGAAUCCCUGCAGGAAUCAAAGUUUGAGCAAAUGGACCAAUUGGACAGUGGGUCUGACUGCAGUAUGGACACCAGUGAAAUCAGCAUUAACUGUGACCACAUGGAGCAGAAAGACUCUUGGGACAAUGACAAAGAUUUAGAGAGCAAUGUCUGACAAACUACAUGCAGAUCUUCUGAGUCUUACCUGUACAGUAUUUGUAUUCCACAAGUGGGGCGAAAAAGCACUUUUAAUAUUUUUGUGACAAUGUCAGCUCAGUCUGUUACAUUUGUACCCUUCGACCGUAGUACUGUCACUGUCUGUGUGUGUAAUUUGGAAUGUAUGACAACUGUAAUCGUGUGAUAUUCUAUCAAUGUCUCAGUGGUGGAGAGAGGUACUUGACCAAUUAUUUCUACAGUCCUGCUGGUAUAUACAAUCCUUAAAUGACUGUUUAUAAGCAGACAGUUGUUCUGUAAUAUGAAUAAAAGUGGCCUAUUUUGACCUGUCACAUGGCAGCUGAACAGCUGAAGUGUCUUAGGAGAGUUAUCAGUGCCAGAAAAUAUUGCACACACAAGUUUCUCAAAGUUUA